AUGAUGAAACAAGAGUUCUGUAUGACUGACCUUGGCUCCUUACAUCAUUUUUUGGGAAUCACUGCUUCUCGGUCAUCCUCCGGGUUGUUUUUGUCUCAGUCACUCUAUACGAAGGACAUCAUUUCUCGUGCAUCCAUGACUGCCUGCAAUCCAGUGGCCACUCCGGUCGACACCAACUCCAAGCUUAGCGCUACCUCUGGACCAGCUCUUAAGGAUCCUACUCUAUACCGAAGUUUGGCUGGGGCUUUACAGUAUCUUACUUUUACUCGACCGGACAUAUCUUACGCGGUUCAACAGGUAUGUUUAUUCAUGCACGACCCUAGAGAACCUCACAUGCAGGCGCUUCGGCGUAUACUUCGGUACCUCCAGGGCACUAUCGAACAUGGGUUAUUUUUAUCUGUAUCCACCAUUUCUGGCAUCCAUGCAUACUCUGAUGCUGAUUGGGCGGGUUGUCCUGAUUCACGACGAUCUACCUCUGGUUUCUGCAUUUUUUGGGUGACAACCUUGUUUCUUGGUCUUCCAAACGUCAGGCGACUGUCUCCCGCUCCAGUGCUGAAGCUGAAUAUCGGGGUGUGGCUAAUGCCGUGGCCGAGACGACUUGGCUCCGGAAUUUACUUCUUGAGCUACAUAUACCACUACGACGGGCUACUAUCGUUUAUUGUGACAAUGUGA